AUGUUGGAUUUAGCACUAGUAACAAGCUUUAUUAAUGACCAAAGGCUUCAAUGGUUGAGUAAUAUAAUGAGAAAAGGUGAGAACAAAACAGUUAGAGCAGCAUUGGUAUGGACGCCGGAAUGGAAAAGACCUAGGGGAAGACCUAGGAAAAGAUGGAUUGAUGUGGUGGAAGAAGAUCUAAAAACCCUUGGAGUUGAGAAUUGGAGGGAGAUAGUUCAAGAUAGAGGUGGCGAAGUGUAG